AAGUAAAUCAUGUUGAAGUUGCUUUUAAACACAGCUUUCCUUCUUUACCUGUCCAGGUAGCCUGUUUUCAUUUCAGUCUUAAUGAAAACUUUUAAAUUUACAUCUCAAGUUUCUUUUCAAAGCAGCCGAGAACUGAAACGAAUGGGGAUUGAACUGCUUUGCCUGUUCUUUCUAUUUCUAGGAAGGAACGAUCACGUACAAGGUGGCUGUGCUAUGGGAGGUGCAGAAACCUGUGAAGACUGCUUACUCAUUGGACCUCAGUGUGCCUGGUGUUCUCAGGAGAAUUUUACCCAUCCAUCUGGAAUUGGAGAAAGGUGUGAUACCCCAGCAACUCUUUUAGCUAAAGGAUGUCAACUAACCUUCAUCGAAAACCCUGUCUCCCAAAUAGAAAUACUUACAAAUAAGCCUCUCAGUGUAGGCAGACAGAAAAAUAGUUCUGACAUUGUUCAGAUUGCACCUCAAAGCUUGACUCUUAAAUUGAGACCAGGUAGUGAACAGACCCUGCAAGUGCAAGUCCGCCAGACAGAGGACUACCCAGUGGACUUGUAUUACCUCAUGGACCUCUCAGCCUCCAUGGAUGAUGACCUCAACACAAUCAAAGAGCUGGGCUCCCUGCUUUCCAAGGAGAUGUCUAAAUUAACCAGCAACUUUAGACUGGGCUUCGGCUCUUUUGUGGAAAAACCCGUCUCCCCUUUUAUGAAAACAACACCAGAAGAAAUCGCCAACCCUUGCAGUAGUAUUCCAUACUUCUGCUUACCUACAUUUGGAUUCAAGCACAUUCUGCCAUUAACAAAUGAUGCUGAAAGAUUCAAUGAAAUUGUGAAGAAUCAGAAAAUUUCUGCUAAUAUUGAUACACCAGAAGGUGGAUUUGAUGCAAUUAUGCAAGCUGCUGUGUGUAAGGAAAAAAUUGGCUGGCGGAAUGACUCCCUCCAUCUCCUGGUCUUUGUGAGUGAUGCUGAUUCUCAUUUUGGAAUGGACAGCAAACUGGCAGGCAUCGUCAUUCCUAACGAUGGGCUCUGUCACUUGGACAACAAAAAUGAAUACUCCAUGUCAACUGUUUUGGAAUAUCCAACAAUUGGACAACUCAUUGAUAAACUGGUGCAAAAUAACGUGUUAUUAAUCUUUGCUGUAACCCAAGAACAAGUUCAUUUAUAUGAGAAUUACGCAAAACUCAUUCCUGGAGCUACAGUAGGGCUACUUCAGAAGGACUCUGGAAACAUUCUCCAGCUGAUCAUCUCAGCUUACGAAGAACUCCGGUCUGAGGUGGAACUGGAAGUGUUAGGAGACACGGAGGGACUCAACCUGUCUUUCACAGCGAUCUGUAACAACGGUGCCCUCUUCCCACACCAAAAGAAAUGCUCUCACAUGAAGGUGGGAGACACAGCUUCAUUCAACGUGACCAUGAGUAUACCAAACUGCGAGAGAAGAGACAGGCACAUUAUUGUAAAGCCUGUGGGGCUGGGGGACACCCUAGAAAUACUUGUCAGUCCGGAAUGCAACUGCAAUUGUCAGAAAGAAGUGGAAGUGAACAGCUCCAAAUGCCACAACGGGAACGGGUCCUUCCAGUGUGGGGUGUGUGCCUGCAACCCUGGCCACAUGGGUCCUCGCUGUGAGUGUGGGGAGGACACGUUGAGCACAGACUCCUGCAAGCAGGCCCCGGAUCACCCCUCCUGCAGUGGAAGAGGUGACUGCUACUGUGGGCAGUGCAUCUGCCACUUGUCUCCCUACGGAAACAUUUAUGGGCCCUACUGCCAGUGUGACAACUUCUCCUGCGUGAGACACAAAGGGCUGCUCUGCGGAGAUAACGGCGACUGUGACUGCGGCGAGUGCGUGUGCAGGACGGGCUGGGCGGGUGAAUACUGUAACUGCACCACCAGCACCGACUCCUGCGUCUCGGAGGACGGGGUGCUCUGCAGCGGGCGAGGGGACUGCAUCUGUGGCAAGUGUGUUUGCACGAACCCGGGGGCCUCUGGACCCACCUGUGAACGUUGUCCUACCUGUGGCGAUCCCUGUAACUCCAAACGGAGCUGCAUUGAAUGUCACCUGUCUGCCGAUGGCCAGGCCCGAGAAGAAUGUGCUGACAAAUGCAAACUAGUUGGUGCGACCAUCAAUGAAGCAGAAGAUUUUUCAAAGGAUAGUUCUGUUCCCUGUUCUCUGCAAGGAGAAAAUGAAUGUCUUAUUACAUUCCUAAUAACUACAGACAAUGAAGGGAAAACCAUCAUUCACAGCAUCAAUGAGAAAGACUGUCCAAAGCCCCCAAACAUUCCCAUGAUCAUGUUGGGGGUUUCACUGGCUAUUCUUCUCAUUGGGGUUGUCCUCCUGUGCAUUUGGAAGCUGUUGGUGUCAUUUCAUGAUCGUAAAGAAGUUGCCAAAUUUGAAGCAGAACGGUCAAAGGCCAAGUGGCAAACGGGAACCAAUCCACUGUAUAGAGGUUCAACCAGUACCUUCAAAAACGUAACCUAUAAACACAGGGAGAAACAAAAGAUGGAUCUUUCCGCAGAUGGAUAGAACUACUUCAUGCACAAAAAAAGUCUGCUUCACUGAUAUGAAAUGUUAAUGCACUAUUUAAUUUUUCUUUUUUGUUGCUUUAAAAUGAGGUUGGUUUAAGAUAAUAAUAGGUCAUUUGGAGAUCAGUCAUUGUCUGUAUGAAGGUUAGAGACUGUGUUGGCAGGUUCAAAAUAAUCAAGAAGAGAAAUAUCCUUAGCAAAGGGGUGACUUUGGGGAUCAUUGAGGAAUACUAACUCUGUUGCAUUAAUGCCUCAAAAAAUCAUCAAAAUGACACAUGGGGGCCUGAUUUGCAUUUGAAAAAUGUUUGAAAUUAGAAUCUCAUUUGUUGCAGGAAUAUAGCUACCUGAAGUCUUUGUCUCAGCAAAGUCACAAAGUCCAUAUGCUCACAUUAAAUAAUCACACUUGCGAAUUCAUUCUAAACUUUGAGUAAAUCUGCCCUUUCCUAAAGGAGGAUUCUUUUAAAAAUCUAUGAAAAAUGAGAUGCUGACUUUUACUUCAACUAAGAGGAUGCAAUUCUUCUAAAGAUGCCCCAAAUGUAAUUAGUGUUAAUAAUUUCUGUGGAUUUGCAUGUAUCUAAAAGUCAGGUACACAAACAAGUAUUUUAUUUGUUUUACAAAUGAAGAAGAAAUCUAUAAAUUAGAAAGUUACCAGUAAAAACAAAAAUAGCUAGUCCAUUAUUUGGAUUAUUUUUUUUUUCAACGUUUUUUUAAUUUAUUUAUUUUUGAGACAGAGAGAGACAGAGCAUGAACGGGGGAGGGGCAGAGAGAGAGGGAGACACAGAAUCGGAAACAGGCUCCAGGCUCUGAGCCAUCAGCCCAGAGCCUGACGGGGGGCUCGAACUCACGGACCGCGAGAUCAUGACCUGGCUGAAGUCGGACGCUUAACCCACUGCGCCACCCAGGCGCCCCUGGAUUAUUUUUAAUUACUGGAAAAUUUUCUACACUCAGGUUCCCUCCUGACCCCAAGUUUUUAAACUCUUACUUCUCCCAUAUUUUUCAAUCCUUUUUACUUAAUUUCAUAGUCACCUAACCCCUGGAAAUGCCAUAUGAAAGUUUUAAUUUCUUGUUAAAAAACUACUGUAAACGAUUAGGUAGUUUAUUCAAAAAGAGCUCCAAUAAUGCAACAGGGACAUGGGUUAAAAAUAGAACAAAAUUUUAAAUGGCUUUAAAGCAAAUGCAUCAAGAGUACACAGUCUCUCAUGAGUAAUAGGCUUUCUAUCUAUAUUUGUUCCCAUUUACAUAACCUAACUUGCACAUUUCAGUUGCAUAUGGUAAAUAUGCAUCUUAUAUUUACUUUAAAAAGUAAGAUUUAUGGAGCAUCUGGGUGGCUCAGUCGGUUAAGCGUCUGACUUUGGCUCAGGUCAUGAUCUCGCAGUCUAUGGGUUCAAGCCCUGCGUCAGGCUCUGUGCUGACAGCUCAGAGCCUGGAGCCUGCUUCCGAUUCUGUGUCUCCCCCUUGCUGCCCCUCCCCAGGUUGUGCUCUCUCUCUCUCUCUCUCUCUCUCAAAAAUAAAUAAACAUGAAAAAAACAAUAAAAUAAAAAAUAAAAAGUAAGAUUUUACUUGUAAAAUAGAUGUGGAUAGUUUGAGUUCCAUAGGUUGAUUGAAGAGAUGGACGUUGUAGAAUAGUAUUUCCUAUUAGUACUGCUUCACAAAGCAUUGUCCUCUUUUUUGAUGUUCAUAAGGAAACUAAGCCUCAGAGAGUGAGUAGAAGAACUGGUCCAGAAUCUAGAUCUUCCACUCUAAGAUAUUUUUUCUCUCCACAGUAUGAGACAGACCCUUUUGUCCGUGAAAUGAUGGAAAGAUUUUGUUAGUUAAGUGAUCACUAUCAUUUGUUUGAAAAUGUACUGAGACUAAAAUAACAUUUAAAUGACUGGAGUACUGGAGUAGAGGUGAGGUCUUGUACUUUUGUGCAGUGUUUAUUACCUUUGAGUAAAUUGUAAUGUGAAAACUUUUACUAGGUGAAUAGUUCAUUCUGUAAUAGAAACUUCAAAUGUAUCCACGGAAUUGGCACAGGUAAUGUAUGAUAAGGUUCUUCAAUUCACAUUUGAUCACUUGGAUUUCUGGUUUCUAAGUAACUCAGGUUAAUCAGACACUUGGGGAAUACACAGCUAUACUCAAAGAAUUACUAAACAAUCACCUUGGACACCUAAAGGACAGAUGCACCCGCUCUGUUCCUGACUGAAGCCCAGGGUCUGGGGAAAACCUACAGCAACAAGGAAGUUGCAAUAGUGAUGACCCAACAGUAGUAUUCACCUCUACCCGUGAUAUUUUUGUAUAAUUAUAGGAAUGGGACUGUAGAAAAUAUGAGUUUUCUUUGUGUGUAUAUUGGGGAAGGUAGAGAAGAAUCUGCUAUUUCUCUAAAUACUGUUUUGACCCAAGGCUGGACCUUAAAAGGUCAAAACAUUAACAGUAGUACUUCUGUUCACUGAAGAGUUAUAUUACAUGAAGAUAACUGGUUUUUUGUAAGUUGUUGUAUUGUAUUUUGUGUUGACAUAAAUAAACAUGGUAAUUUAAACAACGAACCUUAGAUGGAUGAUAAU